UCUCCCUUUAUAAAGCACCUUGCACCAAUUUCUUGUGUUAUAAAAGACCGUAAUUGAUUGCAAACCUCCAAUGCGGUUGUCAAGUUUUCUAAAUUUGUUUCCAGUUCAAUCCAAAGAAAAAGGCCAAAUAUAAUAACGAAGUGUAUUUACUUGUUAACCUGAUAACAAUAUGGUUAAAUGACCCUGAACAAAGAAAUAUUCUACAGGAGCUAUAUUACAGGAGGCCGGAGCCCGGAGCUAAGGUCAUUCAAAGCUAAUGUCAAUCGAGACACCUGUAUAAACUUAGCAAAGAAGCACCAGCUGAUUAACAAGAUUGAUUCGACAUUUAACAAGUACAAUCUGAUUGAAGGCGAUAAACAUAGAUUAUUGUGAAGGAUGGCAAGGUUAACAGGACAGUUGUUAUCAAAGUUAAUGUGUAGUAAAUCUAAUCUGUGUGUUUCAUUCAAUAUAUCAUUACGAUUCAAAACUACAAAAACUUACGAUGUCAAAGAAAUAAUACAACUUAAUUAUGAUAAUUAUAACCUUUACGGUCCAAAACUUAAUAGAAAAAGUAAAAAAUUGACUCAAAGUGAGGAAAAAUCAGAAUAUCAUACGUCUAGUGAAGUAGAAUCAAAUAAACAGAGUGAAAAAUCGGGAAAAAUGACUAAGAGUAAGGCUUCAAAUAAACAGACUGUUAGAGUGAAAUCAGAUAAAAACAGUGAAGAGUCAACUAAAAACAAUGAAAAGAAAGGAUAUAAGGAAACUAAAGUGCCAUUCCAGAGGAAGAUUGAUCCUGCUAUAGACUAUAUUCUGACCUAUCCUAUGAUCCGAUCUGAGGCAGAGAUUGACAAUUCUUUAUUGGUACAAUCAGCCGGACGAUUAAUUCCAUCAGUGACACGUAUAAUAAGUGAGACUAUGUCCGAUUUGUCAAAGUUUUAUUUGGAAAGGUGGAAGAAGAAAAUGAUCAGCGAAUUAGGAGCUGAAGGGUUUAAAAAACUUCAAGAAGAGACUUUUAGAAAUGGAUCCAAUCUGCAUGCAAACAUUCAACAUUAUUUAUCUGGGAUUCCUGAGACAGAGUUGGAUAUAUAUAAAGACAAUGCAGGACAUUGGGAUAGUAUCAGAAAGGUAUUACAGGAGGUCCAAAAAGCUGUUGCCAUUGAAGAAGCAGUCAAGCAUGAAGACCUUUGUUACCAGGGGAAAUUUGAUUGUUUAGCUGUAUAUAAAGACAGACUCUGUUUGGUGGAUUGGAAGACCUCAAAGAAAAGUAAACCUACAAUUAAAGAUACCUUUGACAAUCCCAUACAAGUAGCUGCUUACAUAGGAGCCAUUAAUAAUAGUCAGUUACUACAAGACAAAGGAAUGGACCAAAUCACCAAUGGUGCCAUUGUUAUCGCCUACCCUGAUGGACAACCUGCUCAUGUUCACAUUAUGGACCAAAAACUAUGUGAGGAAAACUGGAAGUUAUGGCUAGAAAGAUUACAUAUGUACUGGAAAAAAGUUAGGGAAAUCAAAUGAAAGUGUGAUGAUAAAAUUAAAUUGACAAAAGAUUUUGAAAUUGAAGCACAAGUCUGUUACUGACAAAGGAUGGUCUAUGAAACUGAAAUGUUUAUAGAGAGAACAUUUAUGAAUAUGUCCAAAAAUAUUUUUUUUCAAGAUCUCAAGUAUACAGAGAUGAUACAAUAAAUUAGCAGACAUCAUAAUAAAUGGACUGGUUCCAUAUACAUGUAUAAUACUGUGGAUGCUGUUGAUGGAUAUAAGUUAUCUUGCUUUUAAAAAAAA